AUGAAGGUCCUUCUGCUCUUGGGAUUGGUGGCUGUCGCUCUGUCCGAGGUGACAAGAUAUGACGGGGAGCUUGUCCUCCGUCUGAAGCCUGUGGUUGAUGAGCAUGUCCAGGUCAUCAAGACACUGAGUGAAAGUAUCAAGGUGGAUUUCUGGAAGCCCGAUAGCCCUGAGCUGGUGACUAUUGAUAUUGAUGUUGAUAUUCACAUCUCUGCCCCUCAUGCGGCCAUGGUCUUCACCAUGCUUCAGCAGAGUGGCAUGGAACACAAGGUUUUGAUUGGUGACCUGCAGACUGCUGUGGAUGGACAGAGAGACAACAACGGGAUUUCCCCCAGGGCCCACUCUUAUGAGAAAUACAACAGUUUGGAAACAAUCCAGGCUUGGAUGUCCACUAUGGCUUCUACCAACGCUGCACUGGUCAGCAAACAAGUGAUAGGCACCAGCUUUGAGGGACGUUCCAUUGAGCUCCUCAAGAUCGGUAAGAAGACCAGCACCACCAAGCCUGCUAUCUUCCUUGAUUGUGGUAUCCAUGCCAGAGAGUGGGUCUCCCCAGCUUUCUGCCAGUGGUUCAUUAAAGAGGCUGUGUCUACCUACGGCGCAGACUCCCAAAUGACCAGUCUUUUGGACCAGAUGGACGUGUAUGUUCUGCCAGUGAUCAAUGUUGAUGGCUACGUGCACACCUUUACAACCGACAGAUUGUGGAGAAAGACCCGCUCCAGGAGAGCUGGUACCAGUUGCAUCGGUGCUGACCCCAACAGGAACUUUGAUGCUGGCUGGUGCACCUUGGGAGCUUCCAGCAACCCCUGCAGUGACACAUACUGUGGGAGCAGCCCUGAGUCUGAGGUAGAGGUCAAAGCUGUGGCUGACUUCAUCCGCAAGAACAAGGCCACCAUCAAGGCCUACCUCACCAUCCACUCCUACUCCCAGCUUCUGCUCUUCCCCUACUCUUACACCUACAACCUGUGUAAAGACCACUCCGAGCUGCUGAGUGUGGCAGAGGGAGCUGCUAGCGCUCUUCGUUCCCUCUAUAACACUCGUUACACCAGUGGUCCUGGAGCUGCUACCAUCUACCCUGCUGCAGGUGGAUCUGAUGACUGGGCCUAUGAUUUGGGGGUGAAGUACUCCUAUACCUUUGAGCUACGUGACACUGGUCGCUAUGGUUUCCUGCUGCCUGAGUCUCAGAUCAAGCCUACCUGUCAGGAGACCAUGCUGGCCGUCAAGUACAUCGCUGCCCACGUGCAGAAGAACCUGUAUUGAAAAAAAAGACAAACAGAGACGGACAUAGCUGUCAUAUUGUCUACUCACACGUAGGAGACAUCUUCAGCCUCUCCUCUUUCAACACCCAAUAUUCUGUAUAAUUCAGUACCGGGAUCAGAAACAAUAAAAUAA